AUGGAAAUAGAUAUCCAGGAGAACUUGCAGCCUCCAAAGCCACAACCCGUGAUCCAUAUAUGUGGAGACUGUUAUGCUGAAAAUGAAAUUAAAGCAAGAGAUCCAACCUGAUGUCAAGAAUGUGGUUAAAGAAUAAAGUACAAAAUGAGAGCAAAGGGAUUAGUUGUUUUUGAUGCCCAAUGA